GAGACGCUCUCUCUAAACUGUCUCUCUCUCUCUCGUCAGCGCUGCAGUCAGUCAUCGCUGUCUCGCUCUGCGAUGCUCCUUCACCCCGCCGGGUUAAUCCUCCCCCGGAGGCUCCUCUCACUCCUCCUCCCGUCGAGACUCCCGGAGUCUGACGACCGGCGCUCAUAACGACCCUCAAGGAGGAGGAGGAGGAGGACGACCUCGCUGUGUGUCGUCGCUCCUCUCCUGAAAGCAGCACCUCCACAAAGCUCCUUCCAUCUCUGCAGCUUCCCUUGUUUGUGUCUAAAGAGGAAGAAGAGGGGGAGGAGGAGGAGGAAGAAGAAGUGGAGGAGGAGGAGGACACACAAGGUGGAGUGAAGCCCUCCUCCUCCCUCCCUCCCUCCCUCCCAUCGUCUGCUCUCCAGCCAGCAUCACCUCCGCCACCCCGCAGCCUGCAGCAGCAGCAGCGAUAGAGAGGAGGCGCAGAGGAGGCGACACACCACCUCCUCCUCCACAGCAGCAACAAGCAGCAUGCUGAACUCUGUGUGGUACGCUAAAAAGAUGGGCCGUCGCAUCAUGGGCACCCUGAGGAGAACCAAGCGGCUCCACCGGCGCCUACUGGCCAACCCUCCGCCCGUGGUGGUCAACACAGACAGUCUGGACACGCCCCCUUAUGUGAACGGCACAGAGGCUGACUAUGAGUACGAGGAGAUCACGCUGGAGAGGGGCAACUCUGGACUGGGCUUCAGCAUCGCGGGCGGCACGGACAACCCUCACAUCGGUGAAGACCCCAGCAUCUUCAUCACCAAAGUCAUACCCGGAGGAGCCGCUGCACAGGACGGACGGCUCAGGGUCAACGAUGUCAUCCUGAGGGUGAACGAGGCGGACGUCCGGGACGUGACCCACAGCCGGGCCGUGGAGGCCCUGAAGGAGGCCGGCUCUCUGGUCCGACUCUACAUCCGCCGGAGGAAACCCGUCUCUGAGAAAGUGAUGGAGAUCAAACUGGUGAAAGGACCCAAAGGCCUUGGCUUCAGUAUAGCAGGCGGAGUUGGAAACCAGCACAUCCCGGGAGACAACAGCAUCUACGUCACCAAGGUCAUCGAAGGAGGAGCUGCACAUAAAGACGGGAGGCUGCAGAUCGGAGACAAACUGCUGGCUGUGAACAGCGCUAACCUGGAGGAGGUGAGCCACGAACACGCCGUCACUGCCUUGAAAAACACUCCUGACGUGGUCUACUUGAAAGUGGCAAAACCCAACAGUGUCUUCAUGAACGACAGCUUCGCCCCCCCGCCCGACCUCACCAACUCGUACUCUCAGCACAUGGAGAACCAUAUCAGCCCCCCCAACUUCCUGGGUCAGCCCCCCCCCCCGCCGGCUUCCUCGGGACGCUUCUCGCCGACCCCCAAGAGCAUGCUGGGAGACGAUGACGUCACCCGCAGGGAGCCCAGGAAGGUGGUGCUGCACAGAGGAGCGACCGGACUGGGCUUCAACAUCGUGGGCGGAGAGGACGGAGAGGGCAUCUUCAUCUCCUUCAUCCUCGCUGGAGGACCAGCAGACCUCUGUGGAGAGCUGAGGAAAGGAGACAGGCUGGUCUCUGUGAACGGGGUGGACCUCCGUAACGCCACCCACGAACAGGCGGCCGCCGCCCUGAAGAACGCCGGGCAGACGGUGACCAUCAUCGCCCACUACAGGCCGGAGGGUGAGACACACCUGGACACACCAACCUACAGUCACAUGUCCACUCACACACAUGUAGGACGGUGUACUUCCUGCAUGUGCUGGAACUCUUCCUCUUUCUGUGCAGAGUACAGUCGGUUUGAGGCGAAGAUCCACGACCUGAGAGAGCAGAUGAUGAACAGCAGCAUCAGUUCUGGAUCCGGGUCUUUGCGGACGAGUCAGAAGAGGUCUCUGUACGUCAGAGCUCUGUUCGACUACGAUAAGACCAGAGACUCCGGGCUGCCCAGUCAGGGGCUCAACUUUAAGUUCGGGGACAUCCUGCACGUGGUGAACGCCUCCGACGACGAGUGGUGGCAGGCCAGACAGCUGACGUCUCAGGGGGAGCUGGAGGAGGUGGGGGUGAUCCCCAGCAAGAGACGGGUGGAGAAGAAGGAGCGAGCGAGAUUAAAGACGGUGAAGUUCAACGCUAAGGCUCGAGACAGAGGGUCUCUCAAUGACAAGCGUAAAAAGAACCUCUUUUCCCGAAAGUUUCCGUUCUACAAGAGCAAAGAGGCGAGCGAGCAGGAGACCAGCGACGUCGACCAACACGUGACUUCUAACGCCAGCGAUAGUGAAAGUAGCUACCGUGGGCAGGAGGAGUUGGUUCUUUCCUACGAACCCGUCGCUCAGCAGGAAGUGAGCUACACCCGUCCCGUCAUCGUCCUCGGCCCCAUGAAGGACCGGAUCAACGACGACCUCAUCUCAGAGUUCCCCGACAAAUUCGGCUCCUGCGUUCCUCAUACGACCCGGCCGAAGCGGGACUACGAGGUGGACGCCAGAGACUAUCACUUCGUGGUGUCCAGAGAGCAGAUGGAGAAGGACAUCCAGGACCACAAGUUCAUCGAGGCGGGGCAGUACAACAACCACCUGUACGGGACCAGCGUGCAGUCGGUCCGAGAGGUGGCCGAGAAGGGUAAACACUGUAUCCUGGACGUGUCGGGGAACGCCAUCAAGAGACUCCAGCUGACUCAGCUUCAUCCCAUCGCCGUCUUCAUCAAACCCAAAUCUGUAGAGAACAUCAUGGAGAUGAACAAGCGUCUUACGGAGGAGCAGGGCAGGAAAACCUUCGACAGAGCCACUAAGCUGGAGCAGGAGUUCACCGAGCAUUUCACAGCCAUCGUUCAGGGCGACACUCUGGAGGAGAUCUACGACCAGGUGAAGCAGAUCAUCGAGGAGCAGUCGGGUCCGUUCAUCUGGGUUCAGUCCAAGGAGAAGUUAUGAGGAUCAAAACUCUGUCCUCUGCUUUUAUUUUGAAAGGAUCCUCUUCCUGAUCAAAUGACGCCACACACACCGACCGACCGGAGAGUUUUAUUUUGUAGUUGUUUGUUGUUUUGGGCCUGAAUAAGACUCAUUGUUGGGUUUCCUGACCAGCAGAGUCACGCACACAGGAAGUAUGAUGACAUCACACGCAACACGGUACAGCUCCUUAAUGUUUAAGGGAGGAGGAGGAGGAGGAGGAGAGAAGAAGAGGAGAGAGAAGGAUUCAUCUUUCUGUUUCCAUCUGAAGGAAGCAGAGACACAAAACAGAACUUUGCACGUUUGAGCUUCAGCAGCAUGUCGGUUAAUAACCCGUUUAUUUCCCAUCAGCCCCUUCAGCCUCUGACCUCACCGCUCUUCUUCUUCUGAUCUGAACUUCAUCGUUUUCUCUUCUC